AUGGACUUUCAUGGCGUGCUUGUGAUUUUCAUAGUAGUUUUGCUUCCCUUUGUAAAUGAAAGUAAUGGAUUUCUGUUUAAAAGAACAAUUAAGGAAACUAUUGAAGCUCUAAGCUCAAAAAUAGAGGACCGUCAACCAAAGAAGGACUCAAAACCGCUUCUGUUACCAUGGACACUCAAUAAAGGGACAUAUGAAAGUGUCGUGAAGUUGAAUUUUCACGGAACACCCGAAAUGGCUGCUAUCCGUGAAAACUUCGAAAUUAACGACAACAACAUGUUUGUGACGGCCUGGAUUACGGCAUGUCUCUUGGAAAUCCAGGCUUUAGGUGGGGAAUUCAAACCAAAGAGAGAGCAGAUAGAUUUAGCCAUAGAAGCUAUAGGAAAGUACCACGACAAAAAUGUAAACUACAACACAUCUGUGAUGACGUUCUGGCCUCAAAUUUACAAUGACACAACCAAGACUUGGCAGAGUACUCCAGAGAAUCUGUUACAGCUGUUUGAUAUGACCGACAAAUUCCCGGCCAAGACGGUGGAGGAACUGCUUAAACUGAUAGGACUGAAAGACGUGGCCACAGUCAUGGAAACUCUGCUUAAAGAAAAAGGGAUAUUUUCUGCAGCAUUCCAUAUCCCACCAGAUUUUGACGAUACCUUCGUAAACAUAGGGCUAGGUUCCCUCUUGAAAGGAAUUCCCGAAUAUGUUGACUUGUACAAUAAAUGGAGGGACACAAAUUCAAACGUUACCUCAGUGCUGCAGGCGCUGAAGAAAUAUGCUUAUAGACCCCUCUCUAACAACACUCGAGUGAACACCAUUGAUACGAGGACGUACUUCUAUCUUCACCGGUAUCUUGCGCAUGCCAAUAAAUCGAAUGCAGUAUUUGUUCCAACAUGGGUACAAGAUACAGAUGAAGCGUUAAAGCUUAGCGAUAAAGGUGUGGCUAUGCCGUUUUGGGUCAAUAACGUCGACGUCACUGUAGCAACCAAUACCAUAAACGGUCUGACUUCCGGUUUACUCGCUGGUCUUUUUAAACCAAGUGAUUUUGACAGCGAUAUUGAGAAAAUUUACAGAGAUACAGUAGAUUUGAUAAUUUACGAAAUAACGAGGAAUUUUUCGUCUCGACGAGACUUGGCACUGACAUACUAUCCAUCUAAGUUUGAAUGUUUCUGGUUUACCUCUCGAACUCUGACAACCCUACGUGACUUUUACCAAAAAGCCCCUCUGCCAUUCAAGAUGCUUGAAGAUGUCAUGCAAAGGCUUGAAAUCGCCAUGAAAAACGAAGUUACGGAUGACAUUUUGGACGAAGCGUCGAAAUCCGAGGACGGGGGAAUCUUCUUUGAUGAUUUUCUUGGAGAUGGUGAUAUAAACUCCAAAGGACAAAUGAUUAAAAAUGGCGAAGACAGGUUGUUUACAACGUCAAUGGUUGUCAAUACACUUAUCAACGUCUGGACAAAAUCUACGGACGGUGGACUUGUUUUCUUAGAAGACACGCCGGUUUCAGUGAACCAAACGAUCCAGCAGGGUGUGAGAUGGUUAAACGACAAUAUUCUUGGCACACAUCUGAAGCCAUGGAAUCCCUUCUUCUCAGGUUCUGGUAAAGGGAUACAGAGUAUGCCGUUUUGGUACCCAGCCAAUCGCAGACAAUAUUUAAAUGGGACUCAUUUCAAUGACACUGCGCUGCCUCAUGGACCAUUUCUUGUGGGAUUCCAAGGAACUGCGUCUGACGCUGAAUACAAUCGUCUGCUCUCAGAGCCUCAUUUUGGGAAGAAAACCCCCAUCGACUUUCCUGGGUUUAACCCCCUUGAUUCCCCGACAGGAUUUUUCCCGUUCUGGUCGUCUGAUGCAUAUACUUAUUCUACAACAAUGUUGGCAUUUGCAAAGUACCUGAAAAUUCAUUGAAGUACAUACAUUGAUGUGUUCUUUGUACA